AAGGUUUUUAUGAUUAGUAUUGUAAAUUAAGGUGGCUAAAAAGUCAAAUACAAUCAAUGAUGUAAACAUUCUAAAAAAAACCAGCAUGACUCAAUAAAUAGAACUCAGAACACAAAUGAUGUCAGAGCCUUCUAUGACCUAACAAAGGCUUUCUGCAGGAGGGGGUACAAGCCAGUAAAGCUUAGUUCACAUUUAAGAGUCUAACAUUACUGUAAGAAAGAGUACUUUCGAAGAGACGUAAAGAUGACUUCCCACAAUUUGUGCCCGUACGGACUGAAGAGCUUGUUGGAGUGUAUUACCAGAGCAGCACUGCUAUCUCAACCUGGUGAUAAUCCCGACUUUUUAUUCGAGUAUUUAUCAGAGCUGGUCAACUUCAGAAGAUGUCACCCUGACGAUGAUCCCAAGAUUGUUUCCUUCAACUACCAAGAGAUGUGGGAGAACAAGUUCCUGGGAACGAAAAAAGCGUCAGAGACUCCAAUCACCGCGUCUGCAGCAGCACCACAAGUUCCAUUGCAGGCUGAGGUAGAAGAGACUUUGAAGGAGCUGUACUUGGAUUUGGCAUCUUCUACUGAUGGAAACGUUGUAAAAAAACCUCAAAAGGAGAGAAUGCCAACCAACAAAACUUCAGGAAAGGACAAGAAGCCCUCUGCAUCUCCCAUGUAUCCCACACCGACACCACCUCCCCGUGUGGGAAGACAACAUGGGAAGAAUGUACCACCACCUUUCCUUGUUGUAAAGGGAGAAAGGAAGCCUGCACCACCCCCCCGCGAUGUCAGCAUGAAGACACGUAGAGUGUCCUCAGUGAAGGUUCCUAUUCAACAGGAGAGUAAAGGAACCUGUGAAGAUGUCAGGAAAACGCCACAAACACGCCGGCGCACACUAACACCAAUUCGAGCCAAAUCUUCAGAACCGGAGAAGGUUUCAGUGUCAGAAUCCAGAGUGGCCAGUAAACCUGCCAAACCUUCCAGUGUUCCCAUACCAAUAGUGACACACAAGCUUGUUCUCCCACCUAUUCCACAGAGGAAAAAACAAGAUGGCCAGGUAUCUGUGGUCCAGGGCAAGGCUGCGCCCACUAAACCCAGGAAAAGUUCACCAAUGAACAGGGAGGUGAUGCCAGACGAGACCAGCAGCAGGCCUCCAGUACGCAAAGCACGGGGGCCACUAAAGGCAAAGGCAAAAGCAGUACCAAAAAUAGCUCCUGUACCUGGACCAGAGAGCACUAAAGAACCAGGACCAGAGAGGCCCAGAGAGACCACACCUGCCCCACCUACUGAUCCGAAGCCAGAGAAGAAGAGGAUACGUCCUGACACGGCACCAGAGAAAACCAGAGCACCGAGAAUUCUGCGGCCACUGAGGGCAAGGGUAAAGCCGGUGGAAAACAGGACUGUAGAGGGUAUUCAGGGUACAGCCUUCGGUAGACCAGGCUCUAGUACUUUUACUAACAUUCACCCUCAUUUGGCGCAUGUGGUCCAUAUAAUAAGAUAUAGACGGAUGCAGAUUAGAUCCUCUUCUCAGGGUCACAGUGAUCCCUCAUUAAGUUAACCACACCACUAUUAAAUAUAAGGAGGUUUCCCAAAUAGAGUAAUUCCACUAGUGCCCCCAUAGUGAGAGUCUAACAUUACUGUAGGAAAGAGUACUUUCGAAGAGACGUAAAGAUGACUUCCCACAAUUUGUGCCCUUACGGACUGAAGAGCUUGUUGGAGUGUAUUACCAGAGCAGCACUGCUAUCUCAACCUGGUGAUAAUCCCGACUUUUUAUUCGAGUAUUUAUCAGAGCUGGUCAACUUCAGAAGAUGUCACCCUGACGAUGAUCCCAAGAUUGUUUCCUUCAACUACCAAGAGAUGUGGGAGAACAAGUUCCUGGGAACAAAAAAAGUGUCAAAGACUCCAAUCACCGCGUCUGCAGCAGCACCACAAGUUCCAUCGCAGGCCCAGGUAGAGGAGACUUUGAAGGAGCUGUACUUGGAUUUGGCAUCUUCUACUGAUGGAAACGUUGUAAAACAACAUCAAAAGGAGAGAAUGCCAACCAACAAAACUUCAGGAAAGGACAAGAAGCCCUCUGCAUCUCCCAUGUAUCCCACCUCCUCGUGUGGGAAGACAACAUGGGAUGAAUGUACCACCACCUUUCCUUGUUGUAAAGGGAGAAAGGAAGCCUGCACCACCCCCCCGCAAUGUCAGCAUGAAGACAUGUAGAGUGUCCUCAGUGAAGGUUCCUAUUCAACAGGAGAGUAAAGGAACCUGUGAAGAUGUCAGGAAAACGCCACAAACACGCGCACACUAACACUAAUCCGAGCCAAAUCUUCAGAACCGGAGAAGGUUUCAGUGUCAGAAUCCAGAGUGGCCAGUAAACCUGCCAAACCUUCCAGUGUUCCCAUACCAAUAGUGACACACAAGCUUGUUCUCCCACCUAUUCCACAGAGGAAAAAACAAGAUGGCCAGGUAUCUGUGGUCCAGGGCAAGGCUGCGCCCACUAAACCCAGGAAAAGUUCACCAAUGAACAGGGAGGUGAUGCCAGACGAGACCAGCAGCAGGCCUCCAGUACGCAAAGCACGGGGGCCACUAAAGGCAAAGGCAAAAGCAGUACCAAAAACAGCUCCUGUACCUGGACCAGAGAGCACUAAAGAACCAGGACCAGAGAGGCCCAGAGAGACCACACCUGCCCCACCUACUGAUCCGAAGCCAGAGAAGAAGAGGAUACGUCCCGACACGGCACCAGAGAAAACCAGAGCAAUUCUGCGGCCACUGAGGGCAAGGGUAAAGCCGGUGGAAAACAGGACUGCAGAGGGUAUUCAGGGUACAGCCUUCGGUAGACCAGGCUCUAGUACUUUUACUAACACUUACCCUCAUUUGGCGCAUGUGGUCCAUAUAAUAAGAUAUAGACGGAUGCAGAUUAGAUCCGCUCCUCAGGGUCACAGUGGUCCCUCAUUAAGUUAACCACACCACUAUUAAAUAUAAAGAGGUUUCCCAAAUAGAGUAAUUCCACUAGUGACCCCAUGGUGAUUUUGAAAUGCUUGAAAUUCAGCCCCGACCUAAUUUCUGUCAUGCUGCCCACCAGGUACCCAUCAGCCUUGGAAGGGGGUCCCCUCUUGUGUGAUCCUUCUCAAGGUUUCUUCCCCCUCUACCUGUUAAAGGGUUUUGGAGGGAGUUUUUCCUUGCCCACUUGAGGGGGGGGCCUUAUCAUGUGGGUUUAAUGUAACAUAAUUAAAUGUUAAAUUCGAGGUGGUCAAGGGCGUAAGUUAGGGUUAAGGUUGUGUACACACACACACAUAUACAUACAUACAUAUAUUCAUGAGUAUACAAAUACACAUACAUCAUAUGGGUUAAAUUUGUUAAAUGUGUUAGAUGAGUCUGGUCGAGUUGGCGAAAGUUUGGUUUCACAAGGUGAUGGUGGGGGAUGCAUAUACAUAUAUAUGCUAUAUAAAACUGUUAAAAUCAAUAAAAUACCUUAAAUAGA